GAGUGAGGGGUACCAGGAUCAAGAAAGGAGAGAGAGUCGUUUUUUUCUUUUUCCUCUUUUCCUUUUCCUAUUUCAUCUCCAGUACAAGGGAUUCCUUUGAUAGUGCUUAGAUGAGUCUUUAGUUUCUCUUUUAAAUAGAAGGAGAAACUCAUUGCUUGCAAGAAAUUAAUUAUAGUUCUUGUGUGGCAGCCAGGCUUCACUUCCCUCACGUGGUGUUGGUCAUGAGAUCGUGGGACUUAGAAGGUCAAGCUUUUGAGGAAGCAAUAGCUAGCUAGAGGAAAGAAAACCCAUCAAUGCUCGCUCCGCUAAAUCUUAUGCUGGAAGAGGAGAGCGAGAAGAAGAGAUUGAGAAGUCAGCUGGAUCCCUGGAAGACUCAUUUUCAUCCUGUAACAACAGAUAUCGGAGAAAUAGGAGGAAAGCAAGAAGGAGAUGAAGGGUGUCAUCAGCAUGAAAACCAAAUUCGGGGCUCCAUCUUACAGCAGGCACCGCUACCAAAGAAGCCAUCAAGCAUCUCCGGAAAGAUCAUCCCAGCCAACGGCGGGCACAUUGUGCGGGCAACUGGCCGAAAAGACCGACACAGCAAGGUCUACACUGCCAAAGGUGUGAGAGAUCGCAGAGUACGCUUAUCCGCACACACCGCCAUCCAGUUCUAUGACGUGCAGGACCGUCUUGGCUAUGACCGGCCUAGCAAGGCUGUUGACUGGCUCAUCAAGAAUGCCAAGGCUGCAAUCGAUCAGCUUGACGAACUUCCCCCUUGGCAUCCAAACGCUACAACGUAUUUCGAAGAACAACCUAAUGCUGCUACUGCCCCUUUCCUUUCACCUUCACUUGACUCUGAUGCCAUCACCCAAUUUAACCCUCAGAACCUCUUGUCUCGAGCUAGCAGCCAAGAUCAAGAUCUCCGUCUCUCGCUUCAGUCUUCACAGGGACAGACUCCUAAUAUCUUAUCUGCUUCCGAGCACAUGGGCUUUGAUGUUAGCUCAGGGAUACCGUGGAGUAUGGGUGAUAACAGUGAUCGCAGUGGAGGUUUUGUGUUCAGUCCGCAAGAAGUGCUCGGCGAUAGCCAACUCUAUACUCACAGGGAACCCCUUCAGUCCAGUAAUUCUCCUUCAAUGUGCGCCUGGAAUGCUCCAGUUGCUGCUGCAACCGGUCACCAGAUGCAUCACUCACUGUUUCGUCCUCUUUCGCCAUCAGUUCAGGACAUGGGUUUCGCAUCUAGCAGCCGAGAUUUCUCGGGGUUUCGCAUCCCGCAGAGGAUUGAGGGCAAAGAGGAGCAUGACGCUAGGGCUGAAGACAAGCCAGAAUCUGCGUCUGAUUGUCACUACUGAUGAGAAGAGGGACUGACAAACCCCAAAUUAAUCUUGUCAAUGUUACCAUCCUAAUUGUGUUUGAUGUUGUUUGGCUACUGUUACUGUUCUUGUGCUAGUAGAAACUGUCGCUUUUAGCUGUUAUUUUUGUUGCCAUGCAUUUUAGCUAUUUGUCAAAAGGAAAGGUAGUUACUA